CUGGUAAAAUAUUAUAGCAAACUAAACAAAAUAAGACAACAAGACGGUGGAAAAAUAGAAUCUUGUUGUGGGAAUUUUUAAACUGGGCUUCUUCCUCCGCGCCUUCAGCAUGGCGUGGCGAUCCGUGGGAGCCAAUAAUGAAGACCUCAUACGCCAACUGAAGGAUCACGGCGUCAUUGCAAGUGAUGCGGUAGCCCAGGCGAUGAAGGAAACCGACCGCAAGCACUACUCUCCGCGCAACCCCUACAUGGACGCCCCGCAACCCAUUGGAGGAGGUGUCACCAUCAGUGCUCCUCACAUGCAUGCCUUCGCCUUGGAGUACCUACGCGACCAAUUGAAGCCCGGUGCACGCAUACUGGACGUAGGCUCUGGAUCUGGCUACCUCACAGCCUGCUUUUAUCGUUACAUCAAGGCUAAGGGUGUUGAUGCGGACACCCGGAUCGUGGGCAUAGAGCACCAGGCAGAGCUGGUGCGGCUGAGCAAGGCCAACUUAAACACCGACGACCGUAGCAUGCUGGACUCCGGCCAGUUGCUAAUCGUCGAGGGUGACGGCCGCAAGGGAUAUCCCCCGAACGCCCCGUAUAAUGCAAUCCAUGUAGGAGCAGCUGCUCCCGACACGCCCACCGAACUCAUCAACCAACUGGCCAACGGCGGGCGCCUGAUAGUUCCAGUCGGUCCCGACGGCGGGUCUCAGUACAUGCAACAGUACGACAAGGACGCCAAUGGGAAGGUGGAGAUGACGCGUCUCAUGGGCGUAAUGUACGUCCCCCUCACGGAUCUUCGCUCCUGACUGCACAGAGUAGGAAGGUCGCUCGUUGUGGUGCUGCUGCUCGUUUUUAUUCUCUACCUAUUUUUGGCUUACUAGUUAAUCAAUCAAUCAAAAUUGAAUUGCUUCUUUUCACGUUGAGUUCAAAUAUAUAAGUUUACUGAACAA